GAGAGAGAGAGAAAGAGAGGGAAAUAUAUGAUAGUAAGAUGGACAAUGGGUGAUCGAAGUUUCAAUGAAGAUUCAUAAAGUUGGACGGAUCUCGGAUCGUGUGACUUGGGGAUGAUCGGAGCGUAAGGUGGUCGUAUAUGUUGCUUCGGUUUAUCGGCGGUCGAGGGACAUGGUUCAGUGAGAUGUGAGCCGAGGAUGGAACUAAAGAUCAGCAUACUGCUUUUGGCGCUUCUACGCCUCGCCUGCACCCUCGAGAACACGAAGGAGGAGGAGGAUGACGCGGAGGAGGACGACGAAGAAAAUUAUCCCGUGGACGAUUACGACUACGGUGACUACGACACCGCGACCAUAACCAGCGAUAUCGAUCUUAUCGUCGGUGGUUCGUUGCCGAUCUUCCUGGCGGAACCCGUCGACACGUUUGUGGUGAAGGGGAAACCGGCUACCCUUCAUUGUCGCGCGGCACACGCUCUUCAGGUGUAUUUUCGUUGUAACGGCGACCGGGCCGAGCGGUCGCAGCACCAGGAUUUCGUCGACCCUCGCACCGGAACAAGGGUCGUGGAGGUCGAGUUGAACGUGACGAGGAACGAGGUCGAGGAGUACUUCGGUAGGGAGAGGUUCAAGUGCGAAUGCGUGGCAUGGUCGGGACCAGGUCAGAUUCGAGGGCAGCCAGCCACGGUUGAGGUCGCCUACCUGAAGAAGCACUUCCUGUCACCGCCGUACUCGUUGUCCGUGGAGGCCAGCCGAAACGCGGAACUCCGUUGCACACCGCCGCUCGGAGUGCCGCAACCGAAGGUCUACUGGCUGAAGAAUGGCUCGCCUCUCGAGACUGUCGCUAGCUCGACCCCGGCCUCCUCCGUGGCGGACGGCAUCCCCAACGACGUGACAGUGGCCAACAACUUCGUUCAAACCGGAGAUGGACACCUGAUCUUGGGCAGGGCCGAGCUCAGGCAUCAGGGGAAUUAUUCGUGCGUGGCUGAGAACAUCGCUGCCAGGCGGGUCAGUGAACCGGCCGUGCUGACGGUUUACGUGAACGGCGGGUGGUCUUCCUGGUCCGGAUGGUCAGACUGCAGCACCCGUUGUGGCCGUGGUGUGCAAAAGCGGACGCGAACUUGCACGAAUCCCGCGCCCAUGAAUGGGGGUCAAGCCUGUCCGGGUCCAGCGACGCAGAGGGUCGAGUGCAAUCCCUCCUGCCCCGCGGUCGACGGCAGAUGGUCAAGCUGGUCCUCUUGGUCCGCAUGCGGUCUCGAUUGUUCCAGAGUAAGAAGGAGAUCCUGCAACGACCCCCCGGCGAGCAAUGGUGGUCGCCCCUGUCAAGGCAAGGACGUCAUCGUCGAGUCUUGUUCCAUGGAUCGAUGUAAUGCAACCAGGGCGAUCGAUCACAGAAACAUACUGGCGCUGUGGAUCACUCUCAGCUUAGCGGCGAUCAUUCUGGCGUUGACUACCAUCUUCUUCGUCCGACUGAUGCGCCGGAAAGAACGUAUGGAGGCUCUGUACGGGGUAGCCAGGUUAGAUUUCCGUCGUCCGGGAGAGUUGGCGAAAUCGGUGGUCUCGAAGAACGAUCGUUCGGUGCUCUCGGUGGACAGACGAUUGGAACAGGUGAUAGACGAAUCGAACGCCUGCAGGAUGCCUAGAUCUUGCUCGGAGCAUCAUUACGACGUACCGCAGCUUUCGCUGCCUUCGACUACGAGGCCGUCGCCCAGUUCCUCCGUCGCCAGGUCCUCGUGCAGGAACUCGCAGCGUGGCAGAGGCUUAUCGGAUAACGAAGAGGGCCGAUCAUCUCGUUCCACCUGCCAGGCGAACCAGGAGAGCACCAACGAGGACGACGACGAGCACGAGGACGAGGAGAGAAUCGGAGAGGAGGAGAGGAGCCACGACGAUUCUGGCGGAUUCAUCGUGAGGGCAAUGGUCGAUGAACAGGGUGCGCUUCUCGUGGUACCGGAGGUUGGAGUCUCCAUGUCUGUACCGGAAGGGGCCAUUUCCCGUGGAAGAAGACACGGUCUACACUUGGCAGUCCUCGGUGACGACACUCUGAGACCUGGUCUACCGCCUGGUCUCACUCUACUGUCAGCCGUGGUGGCUUGUGGUCCGAGCGGGAUUGACCUGGUGAAGCCUGUGAUCCUCCAAUUCGAACACUGUGCCGAACUGAGGACUGGAAACUGGGAACUGAGCCUCUGGUCUACGGAUCUCGACUUGGAUACCAAGUCGAACAAGUCGAGCAAUUCGUCCACUAGCUCCAGCCUCGCUUCUGGAUCCACCUGGAGGAAGAUUCUGACGCUGGGAGGCGAGCCUAUCAAUCUUCCUGGUCAACCGUUCGCGCAGUUGGAUCACUCCGGGGUUUUCCUGGUCACCGAGACUCCUAGCGUUUAUGCUGUCGCCGGGGAGAAUUCUGUGGUCGCGCCAGGACUGGCAGUGAAGAGGAUUUGCAUCGUCGCGUUUUUGUCCCGCGAGAGGGAUCACAUCAGAUGCCAUUUGAUGGAAGACACGAGAGCUGCCUUCAAACUCAUUGUGGAGCAGGAACGCCGUUUAGGCGGUUCGCGAAUCGACCACGGAACCUUAGGCUUCAGAGCGGGCGGUUCUCCGCUUCGAAUCGACUUGGAGGACAGAGAAAGCGGGUUCGUCGAACGUCAGGAGGUUCCGCAUCGUCGAAUCUGGUCGUCGACGAGGACCAGCGUGAGAAGAUCCUUCAGGAUCGAGAAGACCGUCGGCGACCUGAGGCUCAGCUUCGAGCUACGGGCCUGUCAGUGCGGUUUCGAAGAGCACGCGCUCUUCCUAAGAAUCGACCUGGAUCUGAUGAAGAGAAACACUUCCAGUGGGAAGAAGACCACCAAGUCCGAGUCGUCUAUCGUUUUACGUGGGAAAAAUUCGAACAGGUCGACCGAAUCGGUCGUUCCCAGACCAUUCAGAUUUUCCAAAACAUUGAGAAAACAGUUGUGUCAGUGUCUCGAUCCGCCAAGCGUGCGAGGAAACGAUUGGAGAAUGCUAGCGCAGAGACUUCAAGUAGAUCGAUACGUUGAUUACUUCGCAACGAAGGCCAGCCCGACCGAGCACAUUUUGGAUCUGUGGGAGGCGAAACACCAGGAAGCUACGGCUCUCGCGGAUCUUUUGAAUCACUUGAGACUGAUGGGACGCGUGGACGCAGCCAAUGUUCUCGAAAGCCGCCUAGGUCCGUGGAUCUGAGGAUCCAACCAUCACUGCCCGUUAAGCGAUCCAUCGUUCACGAUUUUAUAAUGUUUUGUACAUAUAAGAGAAUAUCGAAGUCUAUAUUACGGAUGAUAAGAAGAAUCGAUGUAGAACCACGUUGCAUAGAGGCAACGACCGUGUUUG